AGUUGGUGAAUUAAUAUGCUGUAAAAAUAAGAAAGCUGCGGGUAAAAAACUGUUUGGGCUAUAAACGAACGAAAAGUAUAAAAUGCUGGAUUUAACUUUUAAAUGACAUUGACAAAUUGACUUAUUUAAGUUUAAAGUGUUGCAAUAUCAAUGGAGAUUGUGGCGCCCUCAUAAUAGGUUUUUGUUUGGCCAAUGCUUUUGUACUUUUGGGUAAUAUUAAAGUGGUUGAAUAUUUUUAAUCUAUUCAACUUCAUGUCCAUUAUUAUUUUACACUCCCAACACCAUUUUGACAAUACAAGUAGGAGACCUUUUUCUUUCUUUUGUGAUUCAGUCGUCAAAAUAACAGAGGAUAUUUUAGGUUUAAAUAUAUCCUUUUGAUAUUAUAACCAGCAAAAAUGGCAGAGCCGGAAGUAGUGGAAUUGGAUUUAACAAUCGACGAUUUGGUUCCAAAAAGUCCGGAAAGACUGGCCGAAGAAAAGAAAGAAAGUGGUAACCAUUUGUACAAAUUUAAAAAUUAUAAAGGUGCAUUGGCAAUGUAUGAAGAAGCCAUAAAGCUAUGUCCGGAUAAUGCAUCAUACUAUGGAAAUAGAUCCGCCUGUUAUAUGAUGAUGGGCAUGUAUAAAAAGGCUUUAGAAGAUGCUCAAAAAGCUGUUGCAUUAGAUCCUACAUUCACAAAAGGUUAUAUACGUGUCACAAAGUGCUGCAUAGCUCUAGGCGAUCUAUUUGGUGGUGAUCAAGCAGCCCAACGAGCUAGUGAACUUGGUGGAGCAGACUGUGUAACAAGUGAGAGACGUGCACUUGAAACCCUGCGUAGACUGAACGAGGAUGCACAACGGGCUUUGGAUGCUGGAGAUUAUCGCCGAGUCGUCUUUUGCAUGGACCGAUGCCUUGAUUACAGUCCUUCAAGUACCAAGGCAAAACUAACUAAAGCAGAAUGUUUGGCAAUGCUUGGUCGUUGCCAAGAGGCGCAAGAAAUUGCGAACGACUGCUUACGGUCAAAUAGUUUCGACACUGAAGCCAUAUUUGUUCGAGGAUUAUGUCUGUAUUUCGAGGACAAAGAUGAACAGGCAUUCAAGCAUUUCCAACAAGUAUUACGACUGGCACCAGAUCAUAAAAAAGCAAUGGAAACCUAUAAAAAAGCUAAACUAUUAAAACAGAAAAAAGAAGAAGGUAACGAGGCUUUCAAAAUGGGUCGAUGGCAACAAGCUCUGAAUCUCUACAAGGAGGCUCUGGAGGUGGACAAGAACAAUAAAACUGUGAACGCCAAGCUGUACUACAACAAGGCGACCGUGUGCGCCAAAAUGAACCAGACAAAGGAAGCGGCGGAGGCGUGCAGCGCCGCCCUCGACCUCGACGAGAACUACGUGAAGGCCUUGCUGCGCCGCGCCAAGUGCUACUCCGAGCUCGGCGAACACGAGGACGCCGUCAAGGACUACGAGCGCCUGCUUAAGAUCGACAAGAACAAGGAGCACAAGCAGCUCCUGCACGAGGCCAAGAUCGCUCUCAAGAAGUCCAAACGCAAAGACUAUUACAAGAUCCUCGGCAUCGAGAAGAACGCUUCCGAAGACGAUAUCAAGAAAGCCUACAGGAAGCGCGCGUUGGUGCACCAUCCGGACCGGCACGCGGGCGCGUCGGACAGCGAGCGGCGCGAGCAGGAGCGCCGCUUCAAGGAGGUGGGCGAGGCGUACGGCGUGCUCAGCGACCCCAAGAAGCGCGCCCGAUACGACCACGGACAGGACCUCGACGACGGCUGCUCCGGCGCAGAUAUCGACCCGAACGUAGUAUUCCAGGCGUUCUUCAACCGCGGCCAACAUUUCGAGUUCCCGACGGGCGGCUUCCCCGGUUCUUCAUUUACUUUCCAAUUCGGUUAAUUUUAUACAACUUACAUAUUCCAUACAGAAGAUACCACUACUUGAAAACAAGUACAAAUACUAAUAAUGUUUAAAGUGUUUACAAGUACAAUGCCUAUUAAUGUCAUUCCAAUUAAAUUAAAAUAUACUUUUAUCGGUGGAAAAUUAUUAAAACAACUGAGUUUUUAACUUAUGUAUGAGAAUUACCAAAUAUUAACAAGUACAGUGUUAUAUGCCAAAAAUGAUAAAAUUAAGUAACAUUUCAAAAAUGAUUCCACGCAUCUUGCACGACACGUUGGUAUCUCCUAAUUUAUUUCUAGAAAUAGUUACGCCCGCUUUUAUCCUUUGACUGACAAAACUUUUGCCUGAAUAUCUAUAAUUUUUUUUCUUUUUGGUAGUUGAUAAUUCCUGAGUAACAAGAAGUUAUUAUAAAUUACUCAUCUUUGUCGGAUCCUGUGUGAUACGCAACAUACGUAGUGAUUUUAAUAUUGACUGAUUUGGUUAAGUGAUUUAUCGGUUUAUGUUUUGGUUCUUGUGAUCACACCCAGUGGUAUCUUAGAAGCUUAUAAGAUUUUGUAGCAAACCAUACCGUAGUCUCGAUACAAACACAUCUCUUGCUUGACAACAAUUUCACAUAAGAGAAAUAAGUGUUAGAUAAAAGUGACAAGUCAAUAUUCUCUAAUGUUUUAACAAUUUAAUAAAAUUCUUACACAAGAAAUGUUGA